AUGAAAGCAUACAUGUACGAUAAUCAACCGCGCUUACCCCACGAUUCCGGCCGAGCCAUCAGCACCGAAGCACUGGGGAAACUAGGCGUGCUAUACUUCCACUUCGCCAAUAUUGCCGAUGUAGACAGACUGGCUGCUGAUCGCGGAUACAAAAAUCGGGAUGAAAUCACAGUCUCGCCUGAAAAAAUGGGCGGCAUGUACGAAGAUAAAGUCAAAAUGUUCUUCAAUGAACACCUGCACGAGGACGAGGAGAUUCGGUAUAUUAAGGGCGGUCAAGGUUUCUUUGAUGUUCGGAGCAAAGAUGAUAACUGGGUUCGAGUGCGACUCGAGAAAGAUGACCUGCUCAUUCUUCCUGCUGGUAUAUAUCAUCGCUUUACCACAGACGAAGCCAAUAUAUUCGGGGGAACUGGCCAUAUGGGCCGGUCACUCGUAAAAUACGCACUGUCUCGUGGGGACUUGGUCACUUCAGUCGGACGAAUCCACGAAUCUAACAUUGAUGACAUUGCAAACAUACAUCAUGACAAUUGCCUUGGAGCCCUUUGCGAUGUACGCUCUCGUGAUUCAGUUGCCAAGGUUGUUCAGGAUGCACUAGAUCGGUUCCGACGGUUUGACGUCGUUGCGAACUGCUCCGGCCACGGAGUCAUUGGUUCGUGCGAGGAUCAGGAUGAGCAUGACCUCCGUAAUCAGUUUGAGACGAAUUUCAUUGGAACGCUUCACAUCAUUCACACCACGCUCCCUUACUUCCGGAGACAGAACAGUGGCCGCUAUCUCAUAUUCAGUUCGACUUCUGGAGCACUUGGAGUUCCAGGGUUGGGGCCUUACUGCGCAACCAAGUACGCUGUUGAAGGUUUGAUUGAAGCAAUGCUAUAUGAGACUGAUUCUUUUAACGUCAGGGCCACGUUAAUUGAGCCAGGUUUGGUGAGACGUGAUGAGCCGGAUACUGGCGAUAGUCCCCUGCCAACCUGGGGUCAUUUUCUCAUCAAGCCCUCAAGUAAUGGAUACGGAAAUGCAACCUCUCCAGCGCUUCACGCGAGGAGAAUGGUACAGUGGCUUGGGGACCGCCAACCGACCAGUGCAGUAAAAUGUGCCGAGCUUGUGUGGCAGCUAGCACACUGCACAUACCCGCCCCUGAGGCUUUUGUUGGGGAGCUACGCAAUUGAGAGCAUUCGGGACAGAAUGCGCUCAGUUACCGAGGAGUUAGAAGACUGGAAACAUCUCAAUUUUGCUACGGCGGGGCAGGAAAGCGAGAGGGACGAUAAAGAAUGA